AUGGAUCCAUUUUUUCCAACUUCAACAAACAUAGACAGUUCAAAUCCUAUCAUUAGUUUAAGUGAUCUUGCUGCUUGGGAUUUUACUUCUCUUGAAGAUAAUCCCGAAGCUCAAAAAUUUUUAAUUGAUGCAAUCGUUUCCAACGAUCAAUAUAGAGAUGACGACGACCAAAAACGUAAAUUAGAAACUUUGGGAGAUAUUAUUCAACAACUACCAAGCAAAGCUAUUCAUAAUUUAAAUAUAGAUUCAGUACCACAUCCAGAACUUACUCUUGAUGAAAUGAUAGAACUUGGAACUCAAUCAUCUUUCGAAGAUUUACAGGCAGAACUUUUAAAUGAACCACUGAAAAAAAAAAAGGCCGGAAGAAAGCCAUUGACUACUACCCCUAAUUCUAAACGUAAAGCUCAAAAUCGAGCAGCUCAACGAGCGUUUCGUGAAAGAAAAGAACGUUACGUUCAAGAACUCGAAGAUAAGAUUAAAGAACUUGAAUCGGUGUCAGCAAAAAGCAAUCAUGAAAACGAGCAAUUAAAAUCACUUAGUACUUUAUUUACGUUCUCCACCCCUGCUAAUGAUGAUACAUCCACCUCCACUACUGGUAAUAAUAGUGGUGGGCUUACAAAUUCUGAGGAUCCAUUCACACCACCUUCUUCAAAUGAAAGCGACAAUGAAUCAAAUACUUCCAGUAAUAGAUCAGCUAAUGGCUCAAAAAAUUCACCAGCAAAAGUAUUUGUAGUCAAUAUGGGAUUAUCAGAAACACCAUCCGAAUUACCAAUUAAAGGAUCAAAGACAAUUACUGAUAUCACUAAUAACACCAAAGAAUUUUGUGCUAAAUUUACUGAUGGUAUUUGUUUGGAAGAUGGUCAGAGUUCAAUUGUUAAUGAUAACUCUAACAAAUCAACUUCAGCAUUCACCGAGUACCGUGACCCUACACCAUUCACACCAAAUAUCGACAACCUGUUUGCUGGUGCCACCCCUUUAGCACCAUUAUUUGAAGAACAUUUUAUAAAUCUUGGAAGUUUUGCACCGAUGUCAACUCCAUCUGAAGAACGUGUAAAUCCAUUUAUGGGAGAUAUUGUUCACAAUAACGGAUUCGCAACAUUUGAUGAUCUUCAAAAUAAAAGUUUUUUAUCAUGUAAUAAAGUUUGGGAAAAGAUUCAACAACAUCCCAUGUUUGAUGAAUUGGAAGAUGAAGAGAUUGAUCAAUUAUGUGCUGAAUUAAAAUCUAAAGCUAGAUGUUCAGGUCAUGGACCGGUUGUACCAGAAGAAGAAGUUGACGCAGCCUUAAUUAAAUUAGAAGAAAAAUAA